AUGGACGUCACUCGGUUCGAUCACAUUCGCAACUACCAUAUCCGACAGAGACUAGACAUAGCUCCUAUAGCCGAGAGAAUGCGCGAAACUCGUUUCCGACGGUACGUUCACGUCCUACGGCGUGAAAACUACAGUCUCUGUAAGAUCGGCAUAGACCCAGAUGUAUCCGAAAAGCGACCAAGGAAACGACCGAAACAGCACUGGUUUGAUACAAUUCACAGUGACAUGAAGCUGGCUGCUCUCCACCCUGAUUAA